GAUGUCACUGGGCAACAUCCGCUCCUUGGGCUCUCCCGCAUGUUCUUCCCUCAUGCCCACCUCCUUCCUGUUGUCGCGCGCGCGGUCGCACGUGCCCAGCCUCGCCUGGAAUCGCGGAGGGGCUCCGGGUCCUUUCCCUUCGAGGCCGCGAGGAGGAGCCACCGGGACCUGUUCUACUUUGCUGUGAUGAAGAAAUGGAGUACUGCUGUCUGCUGGACUCUUAUUUUACUGGCUGCCAUUUUCUUUGAAGAUAUUCAUUGCAAAGGAGGACGUGGUGGAGCACGAGGAGCAGCACGGGGUAGUGCUCGGGGCACUACACGACGGUCAAAGUCUUCAUCUCGCUACAGCUCAUCUCGAUCAGCAUUGUGGGUGGCCGCUGCAGCAGCAGGGGGAGCAGCUGCAGGAGCAUCAGCAGCUAUGGCCUCUGGCAGAAUCAGACCAGGUGGAGAAAACGGUCUAGAAAAUCCAGAUGCAUCAUCUGGCAAUGGCACGGUUGACGGCAGUUACUGGGCAUGGACAUCAGAUGCUCAGUCCUGGCAACCUGUCUUUCUGUUUACUUGUCUGCUUUGUGUUGCUAGUUUCUUUUCUCUCUAAGAAAGCAACUUGCCUUUAAGGGUAUGUUUCUUAAAUCACUGCCCUGGUGUUUGCUUUUCUUGUAGAACUGCUCCAAGUUGCCCCUUUCCCUAAGUUGGACUUGAUUGUAGCCCGUGACUGUACUUACAAGGAAUUCUGGAACUGUUUUGUGAGUUAAGUGAACUACUAACUGUCAAGUGUCCUAUUAAGGUUUCUGAAUGUUGUUUUUAUCUGGAUGCUGUCAGAUAUAAGGACAUUAAAGCCCAGCUCACCUCUGGUGCCUCCACCUCUGUGCAUGACAAGGAUUUGCUCAGAACAACAUGGGAAGCCAUAUUAGCAGUUUUAUCUGCCAAGUCUAGCCAAGUCUAGCUGCGAAAGCGUUUAAAUUAAAGCUUAUUCCUGUCAUUGUCAAAAUUUACAUCACAAUAUUAUGCUGUGGUAAUAAAGGUAUGGUGCUUCACUGUGAAGAGAAGGGAAGGAUCAGCUAUUGCCAAACAUUAUAUGAAUUGAUGUCUGAUUGCAACUUCGUUCCAGCUCCUAGUCCCAUGGCACUUCAACCCAAGAGUUUUCUUUGAUGAGAAAUUUAGUAUUGCUUGCAAAAGAGAGACUUGAGUUGCAAAGCCAAUUUGAGUGAGAAAACCUAGACUUUGAGAUACAGUUGUAAGAAAAAGGAAGUAAACAAAAUAAGUUAUUUUGAUUGUAGUGUACAGUAAUGUGAAUAGGAAGUGCAUGUGAUCCCUUAUACUGGAUUCACCUUUUCCCUAUUUCCAGGAACUGAAAGUGACUUGUUUGUAUUUCAUGGUAUAUAUUUUUUUGCUUAUCCUAUUUCUGAAGCUAUUCUAUUAGCCCUAUAUUAAUAUUGUAGUGGGUUCACAGAACUAGUAUAAUGCAUAUUCCUGCUAAUCUCAUGCAGCCAUAUAUGGAAAAGCCAAAGCUCAACGAUAGAUCACCUGUCAAUAGUUUCUACUGAAGGGAUCCCAUUUAGAAGAUGCAGAAAAAUAUUUUUGAUUGAGGCCUAAGAGUAGACAUGAGGAACAUUUGGUGCAUACCAUAUACAGUGAAACAGCAUUUGGAGGGCCAGUUAUUCUCCAUUGCUGACCAGAAACAGCAGCAUUAUACUACUGAGCAAAACAAAUCAGUGAUAAGAUUUAUUACAGAAGGCAGCUACACAUGUAUGUGACAUAACCAGGAGCCUGUAAAAGAAUAGCAUUUCAACAAUAUGAUAGGCUGCUUGGGCAGAUUCUUGGAGCUGUAAACCAAACAAAGUUACAUUCUCCAUGCUCUGGAUGUGCACUGUAAAUAUACACACAAACUACCUUUGCUAGCUAUGUUGCACGCACCGUUUCAUAUUAAACUGGUAAAUGAAACCAGGUUUUAACUUAGUAAUUAAAUCAUUCCAUUUUGCACUCUUAAACCAAAUUAAAUAGUUUAAAGUUUAAAUUUCUAUAAAAGCAUGGUUAGAGUUGAAGCCUUAAAGCCCAGCCUUAGGGGCCAAUGCAAGCUGCAGCAGAGCCACUUGUGCCUGAGCAGAAGGCAAGGGCAGCUGCCCAACACUGACCUGCCUUUGAUCAAAGUCCUCUGGUCUCCAUUACAACUGCCAGUGCUCAGCAAUCACUGCCAACUCUUACACCAAGGCAGUCUUCUCGCUAAUUUUCCUAUUUUUAGUCGUUUAACAGUUAUUUUCAAAAAUAAUGAUAUGCUGUCUCAAAUACACUUCCAACACUUGGGACCACAUUUAACAUGAUUUUAGAAAAAAAUUGUGACACCUUUAGGACUAGCACAUUUUAGCACAACCUUUCACUGAUUGCAAUCCACUUCCUUACAUAUAUUAUAUACAACAUACAAACUUCAGGUAUGUAAAACAGUGUUAUUGUGGGAAUGGAAUCAAGAGUGAAAUAGGAUUUAGAAAAGUGCAAAUGUAUUCUUGACGCUAAUAAUACACCUUUAAACAUUUGAAUUUUGCUUGAUUCUAUCCUUUUGGUUGUAAUUUUUGCACUGAGUAAACCUUCAAUAUGUAUGUAACUUCAUUCUAUAAGAGCUCAAGAUGCAGUGUAUUUCUUGUGUGCCAUAGCAGUGAUGCUUCAUUGAAGGGGGCUUCCACUUAAGCUGUUUUUGUAUGAGUCGCCUAUUUACAAACUUACCAUCUCUCCUAGACAGAACUUAGAAAAUUGUUUUGUGAUACUUUUACAAUGUUGCUUUCUUGUAACUGUGAUGUGAUAUAUGUAUAUAUAUAUAUAUUUAAAAAACAGUACAUAUCAGUUUUGAAAUCAUAGGUAUUUUAACAGCAAGUAAGUAAAUCAAAAAGUUUGCAAUAAUGUAGACCAGUGGUUCUUGAACUUUUUCAGCCGUGAAAUCCUUCAGAAGACACCCCCUACCCAAUGAAACUCUUAACUUUGUCCCUAAGCAUUGUGAAUCCAUAAAAGUUCUUCCUUCUCUCAUCUACUCCUAUUGCCUGAGUGUUUUGUAUAAUAAUGUAGUAUGUUUGGAAAUAAAGGCAAAACAUUUUAAAUAGAA